AUGGGACGGUCGCUGCGGAGUGACUCAUCGGAGCGCGCAUCAAAGCAGAACACUACGGAUACUAGGAGGUGUGUAAGUUGUGCGGUGUGCGCGCGCGGUGUGGAAGGAAGAGACAGAGAAAGAGAGAGAGAGAGAAGCGCGCUACAGAAAGCCUCAUGUCGUCCGUCCCAACGUUCACGACUCCUGCUGCACUGCUGUCCAACAGCCCAAGGCUGUCGGCUGUCUGCUGCGCCUAUCAACCCUCCUCAGAGCCCUUCUCACGGUCAUCCAAGGGAGGGCCUCGGUCCUGAUUGGGCGUCGAUGAACACGUCGCACGGCGAACUUGAUGAAAUCCCUUCCUCCGCCUCCGGCGCACCAACCCGUGUUGCCAGUCAAGUCGACUGUCGGACGGUCAGGGCCGCUGGGAGGGGACGCUACUGCACCACAAGGGCCGCAUCCGCAUCCCUAAUCCUGCGGCCAGCAGGGGUCCACCGCAUUUUACAUUGUCUUCCCGGCUGCUUCAUUCAUUCCCGUCAUCUUCGACUCUCCGUCUCUCUGGUCACUGGCGUCUCCGGUCUUGCUCCCCUAACCCAACGCCUCCGACGCGUUGCAACCAUUUGA